AUGUCUGCACCCGACUUACCCGAAUUAAUAUCCUCACUGGGUACGCCAUCGUCAUCGUCAUCGGACUUAAAUACUCCAGAACCCUCUGAUCUAAACUUCACGCAUGUCAGCUCGGCAGACAAUGAUGAAGCAAUCAGAAACUUCACAGAUGACGAAUUAAAAAGCUUCAUAGCCGCUCUUCGGAACAAGGCUAAAGAUCGAGAUCAUUGUCGUCGGUUAUCUUCUGCACGGGUAAUCCGCAUCUCUCAAGGCUACGUCACAAAAAUACAGUAUGACGGUUGGAUCCAAGAUCUCAAAGCUGGGGUCGACAUCGCUCGGGGACUUGGGAUACGGGCACCGGCUAUCGAAAGGAUUCUAGAAUAUACGGGUGAUAAAGAAGCCUUCUUCGAGUGUGUACAAGAAUAUGUACCCGGCACAAACUUAGUGGAACUUUUCUCAAAACUCGACCUACAAGAAACAAUCCGUCUAGCAUUUCAGCUACGAGGCAUGCUAAAGAUUAUGCACAAGAAAACCAACGACCAACUGGGAUCCUGCCACAGUCUGAAGUGUCGGUCUUAUUGGCUUGAAUGCGAGCUCGGUCUGCCGCCAGCUAGCACGGCUGAAGAUAUUGCUAAAGUGGUAAACUUCUGGUCCAACUACACACCAGAUCGUGCCGAAGCCAAGAAAUCAUUCGAGGAGCUCGAGAGGUGUUGUACUACUGGCCCGGCGGCUCUUGAUUGUCCACUUGUGUUCACACACCAUGACCUGGCUCCUCGCAACAUGAUUGUUGAUCCAAAGGGGGAUUUGUGGUUGAUAGAUUGGGACUACGCUGGGUGGUACCCCGCUUAUUUUGACCGUGCUUCUAUGGAUCAUUUUUCGUAUUACCGGGAAGGAUGGUCUCUAUCUACCCAGCUUCGUUGGCAUAUCUUCUGCUCCAUAGCUUGUGAAGGCAAGUGGGAGAAGCAAGGUAUAGCUGUUCGAAAUAUUGAUACAUAUUCGGGGAUGUAUGGAGAUGCAUGCCGUGCUGCCACUGUCAAAGCCGGGUUGGCACCAAUGAUGCCCCAGCCAACAGGAAGAUUUCCAGAUUUGGAGAAUUGA